AUGGGAUCCAUCAAGAACGUGCUGCAGCUGACUCCCGAGGAGGACGAGGAGGCGUUCCUGUACGCGCUAAAUCUGGCGGGCGGCAGCGUCCUCCCCAUGACCCUCAUGGUGGCCGUCGAGCUCAAGCUUCUCGAGGCCAUCGUCAGCGCCGGUCCCGGAGCCGUGCUGAGCGCCGCCGAAAUCGCCGCCCAGCUGCCCACCGAGAACCCGCAGACGGCCGCCAUGGUGGACCGCAUACUCCGCCUGCUCGCCGCCUUCCGUGUGGUCAGCUGUACCGUCGAGGCCGGCGACGGUGGCCGAUCCUUGCGAAAGUACGGCGCCGCGCCUGUCUGCAAGUACUUGACCAAGAACGAGGACGGCGUGUCCAUCACCCCUCUGGGCUUGAUGGUCCACGACAAGGUCUUCAUGGAUUGCUGGUAA